CUUCCUCCAGCAGAACCGGGUCCUCUCUCCGAGCGCAGCGCAUCUCUGGGAAUUUUGAACUCGCGAACAAAAUCUUUUAAAUUCUUUUGACUUUUACGCGUCGGUCGUUUUUUUUAUUUGUAUUAUUCUAAGAGGCAUCUUAAUCGGUUUUUUUUUUUCUUUUAUGUUUUUGGGGUGGUUUUUUUUUUGAAAGCUCUCUCAAGCAGCUCCUGCCUGGUCAAUAGGCCCCCUCCAUUCAUUUGUCAGUGUUGUAUACAACUCAAGGAAAUCAGUCGGCUCCUGUGAAGAAAAUCGUCCGGACAUUUGCUGGUUCUUCUUCUUUCGUUUUUUUUUCCCUACUGAACGGAUUUUACAGGCAUCCUGCCACAUCUUCACCAGUAUGAAACAGCCCACUGCCAAGACUGAGAUGAGCCGUUUCAACAUCUCCCCUGAGGAAGACAGCAGCAGCUCCAACAGCAACGAGUACACUUACCAGGACUGUCCCAAGAAGGUCCCACUGAGCGGCCCUUACACCGACAUCGAUGCCGAGAGUCAAAACUUCCUCCCUGAACACAACCUGGGCAAGAAGAAGUAUGAGACGGAAUAUCACCAGGGCAAUGCCUCCUUUGGCAUGUCAGUCUUCAACCUGGGCAACGCCAUCAUGGGCAGCGGCAUCCUGGGUCUGUCCUACGCCAUGGCCAACACAGGCAUCGCCCUCUUUGUGAUCCUCCUCAUGGCCGUCGCCAUCUUCUCCCUGUAUUCUGUCCACUUGCUGCUGAAGACAGCCAACGAAGGAGGUGCGCUGGUGUACGAGCAGCUGGGUUACAAAGCCUUCGGGAUGCCGGGGAAACUCGCCGCCUCCAUCUCCAUCACCAUGCAGAACAUCGGAGCCAUGUCAAGCUACCUCUACAUCGUCAAAUACGAGCUGCCCAUCGUCAUUCAGUCCUUCAUGGGAGCCAGCAACGGUGAAUGGUACACUAAUGGUGACUACCUGGUGCUGCUGGUGACGCUGGUCAUUAUCCUGCCGCUGUCGCUGCUCAGGAACUUGGGUUACCUCGGGUACACAAGUGGUCUGUCUCUGCUCUGCAUGGUGUUCUUUCUGAUCGUGGUGAUCAUCAAGAAGUUCCAGAUCCCGUGCCCUCUGCCCGUGGACGUCGACGCUCUGAACGAGACGAUCGGCAAAGUGCUCAACACCACCUUGUCCCACCUGAACACCACCGCCGUGGACUACAGCGAGGACGCCUGCACGCCGAAGUACUUUGUCUUCAACUCUCAGACCGUGUACGCCGUUCCCAUCCUGUCCUUCGCCUUCGUGUGCCACCCCGCCAUCCUGCCCAUGUAUGAGGAGCUCAAAGACCGUUCCCGCAGAAAGAUGCAGGGCGUCGCCAACGUGUCCUUCCUGGCCAUGUUCAUCAUGUACCUGCUGGCCGCCCUCUUCGGAUACCUGACCUUCAACAUCCAUGUGGAGCCCGAGCUGCUGCACACCUACUCCAAGAUCUACAAGGCCGAUGUCAUCCUGCUGAUCGUCCGUCUGGCUGUGCUGACCGCCGUCACCCUCACCGUCCCCGUGGUGCUGUUCCCUAUCCGCACCUCCGUCAACCAGCUCCUGUGCGCCUCUAAGGAGUUCAGCUGGAUCCGCCACACCAUCAUCACCAUAGUCCUGCUGGCCGGCACCAACGCCCUGGUCAUCUUUGUCCCCACCAUCAGGGACAUCUUUGGCUUCAUCGGUGCCUCUGCUGCCGCCAUGCUCAUCUUCAUCCUGCCCUCGGCUUUCUACAUCAAACUGGUCAAGAAGGAGUCCAUGAAGUCUGUGCAGAAGAUUGGGGCCUCCCUGUUCCUGAUGUGCGGCUUCUUGGUCAUGAUCGGCAGCAUGAGCCUCAUCAUCCUGGACUGGAUCCACAACGCCACGGCCAGCACAGACGCCCACGCCGACGGACACUAAAGCUCCGCCUCUCCCGCUGCGUCCCCUCCCCCACCCCCCAUCCCCCAACCCGCCGAGGAAAGAGGAGGGCGGCGGACCGCAUACGACCGCGCAACCGACGAAGAUCGAAAAACAACAAACAUUGUAAAAGAAGAAAAAAAAACACAAACAACUCACUUGAUGCUCGGCUUUGACUUUCCUGAGCGACAAAGAACCAUGCCAUUCCGAGAGAAUGUAUCCGAACUUUGUACAGUAUGCUGUUAUAGACCACACAGAUGGUGUUUUACUUGUUUUUUGUUCUCUUAUUUUUUUUUCCUCUCUUUUUAUCGUAACUUUUUUCAUCGUUUCUUUUGCUCGUCAUUCGUGUGUUGUUUGUUUUUGUUUUUUUAUUCUGAUUUUCCGAUGGUCUUUUUGUAGUUAGGGUACAGCUGAGAAACAAAUAUUUGAAGGUGCCUCAAAUCCGCGAAGCGACAUUGCCGUAGAGUUCAACUAAAUGCAGCUUACACUCAGGUACGGCGUUCUGUGUGUGCGGCUGUGGACCUCAGAGCUCGGCGAAACAACGAAGCGAAGAUCCCCGCCGCGAGGGAACACGAAGGUCGACUCGAGGCAAACAGACUUGAACGUUUUUUAUCCUCCUCAAGUUCCUUCCAACGUUUGCUGUCGUUUUUUGUUUUUUUUUUCAGUUUUUUUUUUCUUUUUUACUUUGCCAAAAAAAAAAAAAACGGUAUUUGUAAAGCAUCUUUGUAUAUUGAAAAGCACUUACUGUUCAGCACACUUGUGGAGAAAACGAAAAAAAACAAAACAAAAAAAACCAUACUUGUCAGUUUUCACAGGCGAGGGCCUACUACACCGCCUACUCAGUAUUCCUACGAAGGUUUUUUUUUCUAACCUUGCUUAUAGUGUCAGCUUUCCUCGUUAAAACAUAGUGUAAGACAACAGAACCUGCCUUUUCAAACCCCGACACCGGGAGCUGCGGAGUUAUUCCCUCACACGAGGGCUCUUUUUCUCGACUGUAUUUACUCUUUAUAACCUGCUGAGGAUCUUGUUGGGAUGGCGCGUGCGGCGACACUACUGCUUUUGGAGACCUGGAGGCCACACCCAGCCCUCCGAGCUCCGCCUCCCCGCUCAGAGGGGGGGCGGGGAGAGGGAGGAAACUUACAAUUUUUUUCUUUAUGGGAGAAUACUUUGAAUUUGACCACAUGCAGUGGUUGUAAUGUACCUGUUAAACUUGCAAAAAAAGAGAGAGAGAGAGAGAAGAAAAAACAGAAAGGAAGAAAGGAAGAAAGAAAGACAGAGGUCAGGUGUGCUCUUGAACACAGACAACCAAAACAACAUCUUAGACAAAAAAAAAACAAAAAAGCUAAGGAUUCUUGAGUGUUUUUUUCGUGCGGUCGCGCAGUUUUCUGUGCUCUGCGCGUUUCACGACGAAGAGGCUCGAUCGCUCGCUCGCCGCGGACCUCACUCCCGGUCGAGCCCCGUGAACCCUGUCAUCCUGACGGUGCACUGUGCUUCCAACACUAAAUUAACACACCACCAACUGUCAUUGUCCAACAUCUAUUUAUGGAAGACCGUGAGAUCAAUGUAAUUUAAUCUAUUUUACUAUAUUUAUAUAAUAUUGUAUGUAUAUAUAUAUGUAUAUAUAUCUAUUGAGUUCAACUGUAUAUACGCUUUGUUUUUGUUUUGAACUUUUUUUUUUUCCUCUUUUUUUUUUUUUUUUUUUUUUUACAACAUUGCAUUGGAGCUGUAAAAACAAAAUAACGUAAACCCCCCCGAGCUGCUGGUGAAUUUGUGAUAUUGAAUCGUCUCCGACACGCCGGAGCGUCACCCGUUCACCUCUGUUAAGACUGACUGAAUUAUCCUACUGAGUUGAUUCUGUGAAAAACUGUGUUACAUGUGGAAGCCACUGAUACAGCGGCAGCAGUCUUGUUUCCUUUUUUUUUUUUUGCCCCUGAACACGAGCCUGGAUCAGCAAAACGUUCUGUACGCACAUCGUGGUUGGAGAGCACGUCAGCCAUCUCUUGACCUCAGGAGCAAAGAGGGCCUCGCCCGCCAGUGUUACACACUUGUUUCAAUGAAACACUAUGUAUAUCCUGUAAAUAAGGUCCAAUUAAAAUCAAAGAGAAUCUAC